CCGCUGCCGCUGCUGCUGCUGCUGUUGCUGUGCUGUGCGCUGUGCUCCGCCGGCCCCGGCCUGCCCCCGGGCUGCAAGCAGGACGGGCGGCCCCGGACCCCCGGGCGGCCCCCCAACCCCGACGGCAAGGUGGUGUGCAGCAGCCUGGACCUCGCCCGCGUCCUGCCCCCGGACACGCUGCCCAACAGGACCGUCACCCUGAUUUUGAGCAACAAUAAAAUAUCAGAGUUGAAGAAUGGUUCUUUUUCUGGAUUAAAUCUCCUUGAAAGAUUGGACCUCAGAAACAACCUUAUUAGUACAAUAGAUCCUGAUGCCUUCUGGGGACUCUCAUCUCUAAAAAGAUUAGACCUGACAAACAACAGAAUAGGAUGCCUGAAUGCAGAUAUAUUUAGAGGACUCACAAAUCUUGUCAGAUUAAAUCUUUCGGGGAAUUUGUUUUCUUCACUGGCUCAAGGAACUUUUGAUUAUCUUGGCUCGUUAAGGUCUCUGGAAUUUCAAACUGAGUAUCUUCUUUGUGAUUGCAACAUAUUAUGGAUGCAUCGUUGGGUAAAAGAGAGAAAUAUCACUGUACGGGAAACCAGGUGUGCCUAUCCUAAGUCACUGCAAGCUCAACCAGUUACAGGAGUUAAACAGGAGCUACUGACAUGCGAUCCGCCCCUUGAAUUACCAUCUUUCUACAUGACUCCAUCUCAUCGUCAGGUCGUAUUUGAAGGUGACAGCCUUCCUUUCCAGUGCAUGGCUUCUUACAUUGAUCAGGACAUGCAGGUGCUGUGGUAUCAGGAUGGGAAAAUAGUCGAAACUGAUGAAGCCCAAGGCAUUUUUGUGGAAAAGAACAUGAUUCACAACUGCUCACUGAUUGCCAGUGCCCUAACGAUCUCCAAUAUUCAAGCUGGAUCCACUGGAAACUGGGGGUGUCAUGUGCAGACCAAGCGUGGGAACAAUACAAGAACUGUUGAUAUCGUGGUAUUAGAAAGCUCUGCCCAGUACUGCCCUCCAGAACGGGUGGUAAACAAUAAAGGCGAUUUCAGGUGGCCUAGAACAUUGGCAGGCAUUACCGCAUACCUAUUGUGUACUCGGAACACUCCCGGCAGUGGUAUAUAUCCUGGAAACCCACAGGACGAAAGGAGAGCUUGGCGUAGAUGCGACAGAGGGGGCUUUUGGGCAGAAGAAGACUAUUCUCGGUGCCAGUAUGCCAAUGAUGUCACUCGAGUUUUGUAUAUGUUUAAUCAGAUGCCCCUCAAUCUGACUAAUGCUGUGGCAACAGCUCGGCAGCUUUUGGCUUAUACGGUGGAAGCGGCUAAUUUCUCUGACAAGAUGGAUAUUUUAUUUGUGGCUGAAAUGAUCGAAAAAUUUGGAAGAUUUACUAAAGAGGAGAAGUCAAAAGAGCUUGGCGAUGUGAUGGUUGAUAUUGCGAGUAACAUCAUGUUGGCCGAUGAACGCGUUUUGUGGCUGGCACAGAGAGAAGCUAAAGCUUGCACUAGAAUCGUACAGUGUUUACAGCGGAUCGCUACGUACCGAUUGGCAAAUGGUGCACAUGUGUAUUCAACUUAUUCACCAAAUAUUGCACUGGAAGCUUAUGUAAUCAAGGCUACAGGCUUCAAUGGAAUGACGUGCACCGUAUUUCAGAAAGUGGCCACAUCAGACCGUACAGGACUUACAGACUAUGGGAGAAGAGAUCCAGAUGGAAACCUGGAUAAACAGCUGAGCUUUAAGUGCAAUGUUUCAAAUACAUUUUCAAGCCUGGCACUAAAGAACACUAUUGUUGAGGCUUCUAUUCAGCUUCCUCCUUCCCUUUUCUCGCAAAGGCAGAAAAGGGAAAUCAGACAAGCCGAUGAGUCUGUUUUCAAGCUUCAGCUCAUUGCAUUCCGCAAUGGAAAGCUUUUUCCAGCAACAGGAAACUCAACAAAUCUGGCUGAUGAUGGGAAACGACGUACGGUAGUUACACCUGUGAUUCUCACCAAAUUAGAUGGCGUGAGUGUGGUAGCUCACCACAUUCCUGUCAAUGUCACCUUACGUCGCAUCGCCCAUGGUUCAGAUGCCGUUGCGGCCCAGUGGGAUUUUGAUCUGUUGAAUGGACAAGGAGGAUGGAAGUCAGAUGGAUGCCAUAUUGUUUCUUCAGAUGAAAAUAUUACUACAAUUCAGUGCUACGCUCUGAGUAAUUAUGCGGUCUUAAUGGAUUUGACAGGAUCUGAAUUUUACACCCAGUCAGCGGAGCUGUUGCAUCCUGUUAUUUAUGCCACUGCUAUAGUUCUUCUCUUAUGCCUCUUAGUAAUCAUUGUCAGUUACAUAUACCAUCACAGUCUAAUCAGGAUCAGCCUGAAAAGCUGGCACAUGCUAGUAAACCUGUGCUUUCAUGUUUUCCUGACGUGUGUGGUGUUUGUAGGGGGCAUAACUCAGACCAGAAAUGCAAGCGUCUGCCAAGCAGUGGGCAUCGUUCUCCAUUAUUCGACUCUCGCCACCGUGCUGUGGGUGGGUGUGACGGCUCGUAACAUCUACAAACAAGUCACCAAAAAAGCCAAGAGGUGCCAAGAUCCGGAUGAGCCCCCACCUCCACCAAGACCCAUGCUCAGAUUCUACCUUAUUGGUGGUGGUAUCCCUGUCAUAGUGUGUGGAAUAACGGCAGCCGCUAACAUCAAGAAUUACGGCAGUAGACCGAAUGCACCAUACUGCUGGAUGGCUUGGGAACCCAGUCUGGGUGCUUUUUACGGACCUGCCGGCUUCAUCGUUUUUGUCAACUGCAUGUACUUUCUCAGCAUAUUUAUUCAGUUGAAACGACAUCCCGAGCGCAAAUUUGAACUGAAAGAACCGACGGAGGAGCAGCAGCGUCUGGCCGCCAGUGACCACGGGGAAGCGAAUCAUCAGGAUUCGCUGUCCGUGUCACUGGUCUCAACGUCAGCGUUGGAAAACGAGCACCCUUUCCAAGCCCAGCUUUUGGGAGCCGGCAUGACUUUGCUUUUGUAUGUGGCGCUGUGGAUUUUUGGGGCCCUGGCGGCGUCUUCGUAUUACCCCUUGGACUUGGUCUUCAGUUGCUUUUUCGGAGCCACGUGUUUAUGCCUUAGCGCCUUCGUGACGGUGCAUCACUGCGUGAACAGGGAGGAUGUCAGACUUGCCUGGAUAGCCACCUGUUGCCCCGGAAGGAGUAGCUAUUCGGUGCAAGUAGAUAUCCAGCCCUCAAACUCCAACGUGACGAACGGAGAGGCCCCUAAGUGGACCAACAGUAGCGCGGAGUCCUCCUGCACCAACAAAAGCGCGUCGAGCCUCAAAAACUCCUCCCAGGGCUGCAAACUGACCAACCUGCAGGCGGCCGCGGCUCAGUGUCGCACGAACCCUCUGCCCGUGAACGCGGCCCCGCAGCCGGACAACAGCCUGACCGAACACUCGGUGGACAACGAUAUCAAAAUGCACGUGGCCCCUCUGGAGGUUCAGUUUCGAACAAACGGGCAUCCGAGCCGGCAUCACAAAAACCGAAGUAAAGGGCACCGGGCCAGCAGGCUCACGGUCCUGAGAGAGUACGCCUACGACGUCCCCACCAGCGUUGAGGGAAGCGUGCAGAAUGGCCUGCCCAAGAGUCGGCCGGGCACCAACGAAGGGCACGCACGGAGUCGAAGGGCUUAUUUAGCUUACCGGGAGCGGCAGUUCAACCCGCCCCAGCAAGACAGCAGCGACGCCGGGAGCACUCUCCCCAAGAGCGGCCGAAAUCUGGAAAAGACCGUCUCCUCCAAGAAGGAGGUGCUACGGAAGCCGGUCGCCGUUGAACUUGAAAGCCACCGAAAGUCGUAUGGCCUGAAUCUGGCUGUUCAGAACGGGCCGCUGAAAGGCGGCGGGCAGGAUGGACCCCUGCUCGGGACAGAUAGCACUGGCAACAUUAGGACUGGGCUGUGGAAACACGAAACUACUGUCUAGAGUCGCCGGGCUCCGUCGUUGAGAGACGGGAACGGUGACACACACAUUCCCUUAAACCGUAAGCGGUUUUGAAGAGACUGCUUACGGCUCUCGGGUGCCAUUUCUGGGGUCAAAAGACCGUGUGAAUAAACUUUGAUAACUUCGGGUUUGUAUGGGAUGUUUUUUUACCCAGAGUUUUUUGGCUCUUCUGUGAAAUUUUUUUGUCCUGAGUUAUUUUUUCAGUAUUGUCUUUUUUUUUUUUUUUUUCUGAGAAGCAGGGCGGGAAACGUCAUAAAACUGACUUGUAACUUUCUGAAACCUGUAGUGUCCACGGCACAUUUCAGGUUUGUAUUUAAAUAUGUAUUAAAUAGAACUUUUCCACUGCAGCAAAGUUAUGAUUUAUUUUCCGGACUAAAGCUAUUCACUUAUCUUUUCUUUUUCUGUAGGCAUCUGAUGACAAUUUUAGGGAUGUUUGAAAAUAAAUGAAAAAUAAAAGCCAGGUGCAUCACCCGCAUCAUUAUAGGUGGCUCUGUGUGGUCUUGACGUUAGAAUCUAAUAGACGUGACACAUUUUGAAACACCGUAGAUUUAAAUAAAAACAGUUUUUUGUUGUAUUUUCUUAA